AUGACUACAUUAAAAGAUUCAAUAUUCGAUCUAGGCCAAUUCCAAAUUCCCCGUCCAAAAUGUAUCGGAAUGGAAUUUGUUACAAUUCGUGGGACACAUUCAGGGUUCUAUAGAAGCAUUAAUAAAAAUAUUGCACAAAAGUAUGGACUUCAGCAGCGAAAUUUCGAGGUUUCAUCAACUAAACGACCAAGUAUUCCCGAAGAAUGGACUAAAAACAACGAGGAAAGUGUGAAUAAAAUUAAGAAUAAAAAAGAGAAUAAUAAUGGAAGCAUUCCGGAAGAACCAGAAAAUGUUUUGGAACCUUUGCCUGAUUAUGAAGUUGAAGGGAAUGAGGGAAAGAAAGAGGGGAUGGUUACUGUGGAAAUUGAAAUGAGGAAAAAUGCUAUCGCCGUUAAUAAGUUUGAAUUGUCGCCCCCUCUCAAAGAAGAAAUGAAUAGAAUGGCCUUGUCGAGUACACACAACAAUGAAAACAAAACAAAUAUUAAUGAAGAAAAAAUAAAUUGAGGGAGAAAAUUGAAAAUUAAAAUAAUUAAUGCAAUUUUUAAAUUAAUCCCAUAAAUGAUUUUAAUAAAAUUGACAAAUAUAAUAAAAUUAUAGAUUUCCAAUAAAAUCACAGAUUUUAAUAAAGUAGGCUAAAAAAUAUGUUCUUGAAGUAGGGUGAUGAAGAAAAAAUAAAUCGACGCCCCCAAGAAACCCCAACCCCAACUCGGAGGAUUUUUUUUGGCAAAAACCCCGACCCGAAACCCCAAAGGCUUUGCCCCGACAAACCCCGAUC